AUGGCUGAUCUACCAUCGUUCCGAGUUAAGCCACACCGUCCAUUCAGUAAUGUUGGAAUGGAUUAUGGGGGACCCUUUGCAGUGAAAGAGAGCAAGCGUCGAAACGCCAAGAGUUAUAAGGCAUAUCUUGCGUUCUUCAUAUGCUUAUCAACAAAGGCGGUCUAUUUGGAAGCAGUUACAGAUCUUUCCACUGAGGCUUUUUUAGCUGCUCUAGAUCGCUUCGUGGCCAGACGAGGAAUUCCAGCGACCAUACGAUCAGGCUGUGGCACUAACUAUGUUGGUGCAGCUCGGAUACUGAACAAUUUAUUUAAGGACGCCACUGUACAAGACGUUUUACACGCCCGUAUCCCCCGUCAAUGGAUAUUUAAUCCACCUGCUGCCCCUCAUUUCGGGGGAAUAUGGGAAGCAGCAAUAAAAAGUGCGAAGCUGCAUAUGAUAAAGGUAACCGGACCUCAGAUUUACACAUUGGAAGAAUUUAUGACAUUGAUCACCAAGGUUGAAGGAGUGUUAAACUCGCGACUAGUGAUGGGCACUAUCGAAUAA